CUCCAGAAAUCCACCACGUAUAGUUUUGAAGCCCGUAAUCUUGCCUCCUAAGUUACUCAAACGCACUCGAAUGCAUUAAAAUUUUAAAAUCGAGAGUCGUUAGAUUAGUCACAACUCAUAUUAAAACUCCAGAAAACUUCCGAAUCUAAUAGUUUAUAAUGGUACUAUGGAACACCCCAGUCUUGUUGGUUCAAAAUCUGGUUUUCACAGUUGGUGUCGGUUAAAACCUUUUAAAUUCUGUUAAAGCUUGAAAAGAAUGAAACUUGUGGUAUGGGUCAGAGCUCUUUUUCUAAAGCCGAAAUUGGAUAACGAUCAUGGAUUGAUUGCACCAUUUCAUUCCAUUGACCACUUUUCAUUCGGUUGGUGCGCGCUGUUCCCAAAAUAUACACCAAGCUUUGUCUCUCUCUCUCUCUCUCAUUCAUUUAUAGCUCACACUUUUUCAGAGCUUUAAUUUCAACUUUGAAAAUCUAAACCUUCUUUUUCCCUCUAUAAAUUGAAUUGCCUUCUCUGUACAAAAACCUGUUUCUGGGAUCCAGCAGAUUUGUCUCUGUUUCAUUUGAUUCGAAGAAUUAAUGGGUGAUGUAUAUAUUAAUAAUGAAAUAUCUGAAAUGCCUUUAACAGCCUAUAAUGAUACCGUGAUGAACACGAAUCUAGUCAUUGAUAGUCUGGGGUUCUUCUCAUCAAUGGAUGACAUUUUUGACCGUCUAUUGAUAUUGGCCAGUUAUAUUGGUCAUCGAUGUAUUCAAUUUGUAGAGGAUCUUGCCCUCAGAGAAGCUGAUAGAUACUUGGAGGAUUUGGUGAACUUUUCUGCUGGACAGCAUUUAAAAUCAUUGAGACAUGGCAUUUGUAAAUCAUUUUCUGAAGGUUCUUCAUCGUCUUCAAAACCUUAUAUUUCUGAUCGGGACCAUGAAAUCUGUGAAAGAAGAGUCUCAGGCUCUAGGGAUGAAUUCCUUGUAGAUAUGAGAUCUGAGAUUGUAGAAACCAACUCCAGUCAUGUGGCUAUUCCAUUCAUUUGUAAAGGGUUGAUGCUGCCAUUGUAUGGUUUACAGUUUGCUUGGAGGUUGGCAAUGUCUUGUUGGAGAAGUUCUUUCUUAUAUGCUAGAAGUGCUCAUCUGCGAGUUCGUAGCAUCGCAUCUCGUGUACAGAGAACAUUGCGAGGUUCAUCUGAUGAUAUUGGAUGGUUGCAGCGCAUUCCUAGCAUGCCUUCUGUAAAUGAUGGUACAGAAAGAUUCUUGGAAUUGCUUGCCGGAAUAAGGAAGGGAAAGCACGAACUGCCCAACUCAUUUGUUUAUCUACUAAUUCCGGGACUCUUUAGCAAUCACAGUCCAUUGUAUUUUGUUGGAACUAAGAGAUUCUUUUCAAAGAUGGGUCUAGCAUGCCAUAUUGCGAAAAUUCACAGCGAGGUAUCUGUUGAGCACAAUGCGUGGGAGCUGAAGCAAUAUAUCGAGGAGCUUUACUGGGGAUCCGGAAAGCGUGUGAUGCUGCUAGGGCACAGCAAGGGUGGUGUUGAUGCUGCAGCUGCAUUGUCAGUCUACUGGAAUGAUUUGAAAGACAAAGUUGCUGGUUUAGCACUGGUACAGUGUCCAUAUGGUGGCACUCCUUUAGCUUCUGAUAUUCUUCGUGAAGGCCAGGUUGCUGACAAAGAAACCCGUAGGAUAAUGGAGUUUUUGAUAUGCAAGCUAAUCAAGGGUGACAUACGGGCACUGGAGGAUCUUACAUAUGACAAAAGGAAGGAGUUCAUCAUGAAGUACAAGCUUCCUGCAGAGCAAAUUCCUCUAAUUUCCUUCCAUUCUGAGGCUAGCAUUGCCCCUGGUGUCCUUGCCACAAUGACUCAUAUAGCUCAUGCAGAACUUCCAUGGCUUCCCCUUCCAAAAUUUGGCAAUGAAGAAGCGGACAACAUUGUUCAAGCAAGUCGCCAGAUGCCUGUAGUGAUUCCUUUAUCUGCGGCAAUGGCUGUGUGUGCGCUCCACCUACAACUCAGGUACGGGGAGAAGAGUGAUGGAUUAGUGACAUGCCGUGAUGCUGAAGUUCCAGGUUCAGUUGUAGUCAAGCCAGAUCGGAAGCUUGACCAUGCAUGGAUGGUUUAUUCUUCGAGGAAAAAGAAGGCUAGUGAGGCCGAUGCCUCUGAAAUGUGUGAGUCUAUUUUAACUCUGCUUGUGGAGCUCGGAAAGGGAAAAGCUUUGAAUUGAUCAAUGCCUAGUUAAAGCCAGAGAAUCGUUUGCUUUACCAUUUCCUUUUUACUUUGCUUUAAUUCAUUUGCUGUUGAAUCAAUGGCAGCGAAAUCGUGCUAUGUAAAAAUUUGAACUCGAAUUAUUCUACUGUGAGGAACACAGUCCAUCUUCUUACCAU